GUUAGAUUAAAGUUUAUAUUAAAUAAAAUUAAUUUGAAUAUGUGCAAAAUUUGUGCUGUGGUAGCAGUCUAUUAUUAAUUGUGAUGGACAGGAUUUCCUUACAUGAUAUUAUAAUGGCCGAGCUAAAUAAAGAGAAAAAACGAGCUGAACUGAAUAGCUUCGAAAAAUCUAAAAAAGACCAAAACGACGAGAUCAACAACAACAAACCGAAGCCCAUAGACAACAACACUCACGUCUUAUUACUCGUCUGCAUCAUCGGAGUCACCCUGGCCAUCGCCCUCGAGAUCAUCAACGUGCAGAGGAGGAGGAUCCCAGCCAGAGAUGACUCCAGGACUGCCAAGAACUACUGGGUCUACUCCGCAUCAGCAAACGUAGAGAGCAAAACCGGCCUCCUAAAACAUGUACAUCUAGUCUUAGAAAGAGCGGGAUACGAGAAGUCCUCAAACCAAACCGACUGGCACCUCCUCUGGUCACACGACUACCCGUUCAGAGCUCUCUACCCCAACUUACACAGACUUAAACCGCACCAGAAAGUCAACCACUUCCCUGGUACCGGCUUCAUUACGAACAAAGUUGAUUUGGCCACUUCCACGUCCGAUUUCAUUCCGAAGGCAUUCAAACUGCCACAGAAUAAGGAAGCGUUUAUGGAGUACGCUAAAAAGAAUCCCAAAUCCAUGUUUUUGGAGAAGCACAACCAACACCGAGGCGUAUUUUUGAAGAAUGUCACGGAAAUCGACUUGCUAAGUGGAGAAAGUUUUGUUCAAGAGUACGUGCAAAAGCCGUUUUUAGUGGAUGGCCAUAAGUUUGAUAUUGGAGUGUAUGUGGCGCUCACGUCUGUUAAUCCACUGAGGGCGUAUUGGUACAAAGGAGAUGUGCUGUUUAGAUACUGUCCAGCCAAGUACUACCCCUUCGACCCCCGCGACCUGGACAAGUACGUGGUGGCCGACGACUACCUGCCCACGUGGGAGGUGCCGUCGCUCGCGCACCCCUACACCGCGCUCGGGCUGGGAAUGAAGGACGCGUUUGAUGUGUAUGUUAGGGCACAGGGUAAAGAUCCGUCCAAAAUAUGGGCUGAUGUGGAAAAGGCAAUAACUGAAGUCUUCCUGAAAAAGGAACAUCACAUCAUUGAUGCUCUCAAACACUACCCGUCGCCCGACAACUUCUUCGAGCUCAUGCGCUUCGACCUAGUCCUCGAUGAGGACCUGAAGGUCUACCUGCUGGAGGCCAACAUGUCGCCCAACCUCAGCUCGGCGCACUUCCCGCCCAAUCAGCUGUUGUAUGAACAAGUGCUGUAUAGCCUGUUCGGAUUGACGGGGGUUGCUGGUGAGAGCAGAGAUCAAUCCCCAGCAGCAGUCAACAUGGUGGCAGCACAGAAGAACAUAGCAGUGUUCGGUAACGAAUGCAGCACCAUCUGCAAAGACCGCUGUGAUGACGUGGACCAUGUCUGUGGUCUGUGUCGGCCCUGCCUCAGCAGUAGAAUGAGGGGAAGUCUCCUGAAGGCGCACAGGGAGUUUCUGCAUAAAGGAGACUUUAGAAGACUGUUUCCUCCUGCUAUGACCCCUGGAGCUACCAUCGAUAGUAAACUGAAGAACCUAACUGAGACUAACAAACUGCAGUAUUUAUGGUAUCAAGGAAAGUGUAACAUUGAUGUUAGUUGGUGUAAUUAAAUUGUAAAAUAACAUAUUUCUAGUCUAGGUAUUUAUGAAAGAAAUUAAUAAUAAUAAACAGUUACCAACA